GUUGUGGACUCUAGUGCAGUGGAAGCAAAUGUUUGCCCAAGAAAACGUCUACUUCACUGACUGCCUCCUGAGACACAUGCACCAGUAUCGCUUCAUCGCCCAUUUUGACCCUGACGAGGUCCCUAUCUUACCAAAGUACAACAACUUCACCCAUUUACUCGAUGUACUGUUGACAAAAGAACGACAUACAACAUCGAAAAAAAAGCAAAGGAUGCCCCCAGCUUACAAAUUUCAAUGGAACUUUUUCCAUGACGACCUACAACCCCAGGGCGAGUCAGCCAAGCUACCAGAGUACCUGUGGUCUCUCAGACACACUCGCAGGCUCGUCCAGGAUCUCAAAGUUUUCCCGGGCAAAUACAAAUCUCUCUUCGACAUGAAUACUGUCAGGGGCAUCUUCUCACACGACGUCCUUCUGUGUACCACAUGGAAGUGCAGAGGUCGGUCCAGCAUCAUCUCCCCAUCCUACGCCUACAUCGGCCACUUUAAGCUUAAUUGUGGCCAAAAAUGCAGAGAUGCCAAUGCAACCAGGGAAGAACUGUUCUUACAUAAGUUCAAAAAACCUGUAAUCAAGGCUGUGACGGAUGUACUCAAGAGAUUGCAGCUAAUUGUGUAACCAAAUUCAACUCGUCAGAUGGAUUUUCGACAAGUAAAAAUAUGUGAAAAAUAUAGAUCAUUGGAGUGGAUACCCAGUUACAUUGAGUUUAAAUGAGAUGAGAACAUAUAAUUCAGUAGCGAAGCUUUAUUGAAAUUAUCACUUAAUUAUUGGUCAAAUUGACUUUAUAUACAGUUAUCACAUAUGAAAAGUUAAGUUCAAGAAUGUCAAAGUGAAGAGAAUUGGUACAGUAGUAUGUAUUAUUAGGUGAACGCGGCUAACUGAGAUACUUAUGUCGCUCUGUCAUAGAAUCAUGAGAAAGGAGCUUAAAUAUAGAAAAAUAGGGCCAUGAGACUCGCUACAUAAACAACAUGCAGGCCAGGAGGUAACGGCACAGCGCCCACAUCUAGUAGAGUUCGAUAGCAGAGGACAAGAACACUCAAGUUGAUAUUGAGAAGUUUUCUGCUAAUAGUAGGCAUUUUGUGAACUAUAUAAUAAUACCAAAACUACAUAAAUUUCAUAUAUCAAGUUGUCAUGGUUUUUAUAUCGUAAUGGUGUAAGUGUAAAUUUUAUUAUAUAAAGAUUAUAAUAUUUUG